ACCUUACUCGUUGACCCCCUUAGAAUUCCAAUGGCGGCCCCUACGCCGUUGGCCUUGGUUAACUCUCUCUCUCUCUCACCCUUUCUCUCUCUUCGUGGUAUUAAAAAGCCGAGACACUUAGAAGAAGUAACAAACAUAAGCAAAGCAGAUAAGAAGAAAAAAAAAAAAAAAAACCAAAAACAAAAAAACAAAAACAAAGGCUGCUCUGCGGAAGAAGUAGAGAGCUAAAUAUAGAGAAGUAGCCACCCACACUCUUUAUUAUAAGUAUGUAUACAUAUAUGUGUAUGUGUUCUUCUUCUGGGUUUUGAAGAUCACAGAGAAAAGGAACCAAAAUUUCCUAUCAAUCUUGCUCUUGCUCUCGCUCUAGUUUUGGUUUUUUUUUUGUUUUUCUCUUUCUGAAGUUUUUUCAUUCUUGUUUUUUCGAAAAAGAUGGGGCCGGAACUACUGUUGAUCUCUUGGCUGAAGCUUCUGUCCGUAUUCUUCAUAGUGAGUGUUUGUGGGCUGAACAUGGUAGUGUUGCUUUGGUGGAGACCAAGGAAAAUCGAAGACCAUUUCUCAAAGCAAGGGAUCAGAGGACCCCCUUAUCGUUUUUUCAUUGGGAAUGUUAAAGAGCUAGUGUCCAUGAUGCUUACAGCCUCCUCUCAGCCCAUGCCUAAUUUCUCCCACAACAUACUCCCAAGAGUCCUUUCUUUCUACCAUCACUGGAAGAAAAUUUAUGGUGGAACAUUCAUAGUGUGGUUCGGAGCCACGGGUCGGCUGACCGUAUCCGACCCGGAUUUGAUCCGAGAAAUAUUCACAUCCAAGUCUGAAUACUACGAGAAAAAUGAGGCUCACCCGCUUAUUAAGCAGCUUGAAGGCGAUGGCCUCUUAAGCCUUAAAGGCGAAAAAUGGGCUCACCAUCGGAAAGUCAUCGCUCCAACUUUUCACAUGGAGAAUCUCAAGUCGAUGAUACCUGUGAUGGCAACAACUGUGGUGGAAAUGCUGGAGAAAUGGCGGCCCUCCAUGUCCGAUACCGGCGAGGUUGAAAUCGAAGUUUCCGAGUGGUUUCAAACCCUAACUGGGGACGUAAUAACCAGAACCGCUUUUGGAAGUAGCUACGAAGAAGGAAAAGCUAUUUUUAAGCUCCAAGCUGAACAAAUGCUUCUCGCCUCCGAUGCUUUCCAGAAAGUUUUCAUCCCCGGUUACAGAUUUUUACCAACUCAGAGGAACAUAAAUUCAUGGAGACUUAAUAAAGUGAUAAAGAAGUCACUAAUGAAGCUGAUUGAUCAGAGGAAAGGGACGAAGAUAUUGAAUGAUGAUUCGACAAAGAUUGAAAAGGUGAGUAGUUAUAUUAGUAGUGGUCCUAAGGAUUUGCUUGGGCUGAUGAUUCGGGCGUCGGAUACGCCGUCGUUUAAGAGCGCCAUAACGCCACAGGACAUAGUGGAGGAGUGUAAGAGUUUCUUCUUUGCGGGGAAACAGACCACAUCCAACCUGCUGACGUGGACGACGGUUCUGCUAGCGAUGCACCCACAAUGGCAGGUACGGGCACGUGACGAGGUGCUUAGGGUCUGUGGAGCACGUGACAUACCCACUAAGGAUGAUGUUGUCAAGCUCAAGACGCUGACCAUGAUAAUAAACGAAUCACUUCGCUUAUACCCGCCAACGGUGGCCACAAUCAGACGGGCCAAAACUGACGUGGAACUAGGUGGUUACAAGAUUCCGCGUGGCACGGAGCUCUUGAUUCCAAUCUUAGCCGUUCAUCACGAUCUGGCGACGUGGGGUAAUGACGCGAACGAGUUCAACCCGGCUCGAUUCUCCGACGGCGUGGCUCGAGCUGCCAAACACCCAUUGGCUUUCAUACCCUUCGGUCUUGGGGUCCGAACCUGCAUCGGCCAAAACCUCGCCGUCCUCCACGCCAAGCUAGCGCUGGCGAUCAUACUCCAACGGUUCAGAUUUAAGCUCUCCCCGAGCUACCAACACGCACCGACGGUCCUGAUUCUUCUUCAUCCCCAGCACGGCGCGCCGAUCAUAUUCCAGCGCUUUGAAGAGGAAGAGGGGAAAGUGGUGGAGCCCGCAAGUCCUAAAGAGUAAGGAGGUGUGAAGAGGGGAUGACCCAAUUCGCUAAGGGCACAUUAUCCUCUUUGUGUGAGCCUGUUUUCGCUAUAUAAUUCUUUGAAAAAGAAAAAAAAAAAAAAGUAGUGGCCAUUAGUGAGUGGUGACUCUAGAGGAUUUUACCAUUUACGUUAGAAAAAUAGAAGAUUUGGAAGAUUGUCCCUUUGUUCCUAGCAGACCGACCCAAACACGUCCUUGGUUUUUACCGAAGGACACUAACCUUGGACAUGUAGUGAAAAAAACCCCAAUGGUGUAAGCUCUAGCUUUGCACCCGAGUGAGAUUGUUUUUUUUUUCUUUUUCUUCUUCUUUCUUUCUAGGAAAUUAGAGAAACGGCUAACAACUAGGUAGCUGAUCAAUUUUUUUCAUUAUUACAUUUUAAAUUUCUCUAAUGUGUAUGUAAUGUAUAGUCUGGCUCAUGAAUUCCUACACAGUUCUGUAAAAUCACAAAUCAAUGUUGUUGCUUAUCAUUUCUCUCUGACUA